UGGAGUGUGUCACGCGUGAUACAAUAGUGAAACAAUCUUUAAUGAAUGUGACUCACGGUAUCAAUUACCGCCCCUUGCUCAAACAGCUUUUCAGAUGCUUGAAAUGUAAGUUGGCAAUAAAAUCUCAUCUGUGAUAGUUCACGGAUACAUCCAUCACAAAAGCUGUGUUGUGACUGUGACAAAUAACAUUGUGUGUGUGGUAGUGACAGCAGCACUGCAAUGUGAUUGCAGAUGACUUAGCGAGCGACUUCCAUGUUUCUGAACAUACUAUCAUGGCAGCCUCAGACAUGGCUUCUGUACAGACAAACAUGACAUGUGCAAUAUGCACAGAAGUUUUUACAUCCCCGAGAUUCCUGCCCUGUCAUCACACCUUCUGUCUAGAGUGUCUAGAGCAACUGGCAAAUCGCCAUGGAAACACCGUCCCGUGUCCUACCUGUAGAGCUCCUGCUACUGUACCGCCAGGUGGUGUGCGUGCUCUACAAGUCAACUUCUACUUCACUGACGAAGCUCUAGAGCAGGCACGUAGUGAUGAAAGCCAUUCAAAGUGUUAUGUCCACACUAAAGAAGCUGUGGAGCAGGCAUGUAGUGAUGAAAGCCAUUCGAUGUGUCCUGUACACACUAAAGAACGUGUCAUAUUUUACUGCGACCAGUGUGACCAAGUCAUCUGCUUGAGAUGUAAGCUGACUAAACACGAGGGGCAUGUAACCGAAGAUCUGUCCGAGACCGCAAGUCGUUGUCAGCAAAUCAUUAAACAGGAACUGCAUCAUCUAGAGGAAUCCACUGACUACAUAACCAACAAUUUUUUACAAUAUUUGAAAGAAAAUGAGAAACGAGCCCGAGAGAAACGAAAUGGAAUCUCCAAACAGAUUCAAGACCGGUUCGACUUAAUUGUAGCAAUGGCAAAAGAAUAUCGUGACCAAGCACAACAACAACUGGAAGAAAUCUCCGAUAGUUUGGAAAAAGAAAUGGCUGCUGACAUACAGCGAGUACAAAGCAAACUUAACUCCCUUCUACAGCUUAACGACCGCAUUAGACUAGCCCUGACUUCAGGCUGUGACAUGGAGGUCCUGCAGGUGAUGAAAGAGAUAAUAAAGGGAAAAGGAAGCUCCAAGCGCCUAAAAGAACUUGGUAAUGCAGUGCCUGAUACGUGUUUCUGUCCCGGCCUUCAUGGCGACUUCACCAACCACAUUAAAGAGGACAUCAAGAGGUUCAUUGGGAUCCCUGUCAGACUGGAAUUUCCGAUUGGACAAAACGUGGACACGGAAUGCUUGAGUCAAUCUGAUGAUAGCGAUUGAAGGGAAGUGCACGCUCUUCUUCAAAAAGAGAACAAAAGUAUUGAUAUAAUUUAUGGAAGAACAGGAGGGGACUUUUCCAAACAGAAACACAUGACAUGGGGGUCUGCAGGCUCUAAAUGUAUAAAGAACACAUAUGAAACGGGGAUAACAUGCGUCACACGUAAACCUUAUAUUUGGGAAUGGGAAGAGUCGGAGUUCAGGGCAUUUGGUUCUAAGAGUGUAAGCAUGCUUGCUAUUGUUCAGAAUUAUACAAAGGACAUAUGCUAUAUUAGUCCAGUGGAGCUAGAAUAUGAAAAUGGAAAGGUAACACGUAUUUUAGGUCAGUGGUUCUCAAAGUGUGGUCCGCGGACCACUAGUGGUCCGUGGGCAUAAGUUAGGUGGUCCGCGGCUGACAGUCGUCAUAUGUCAGCAAAGGGAUGUUUAAAGAGAUGCGUUCCUCGCAUUAACAUUUUAAUUACAAAGAACGAGGUAUACGUAGUUUUAUGUCAACUUAUUACUAUACUACUUUUACAAAAGGACAUUAAGUUUUGAAUUAAAAUGAAACAAAUGCG